UGUGUAUACUGUUUGCUGUACUUUGUGACACAGUAUAUAAAAAGCCCGUGAAACUAGAAAAAAACUAUAAAAUCGAGCAAUAUUCUAAUGGGAUGAUCAUACAUUUGCAAAGUUUGAUAUUCAAAAUAUUAAUGGAUGUCUAUUUCUUCGAAUAUUAAUAUGUGUGAAAUAUUACGUAGCAAUUUUCUUACUUUCGCGAUAUAUCUUGAAAUGACAACCACAACACAAAUAACGUUUGAAGACAGGAAUAUUUUUCAACCGUUUUAGUUGCAAUGCAUAAUCUGUUUCGAAGAAUUUAUUUUUAUAUAGUUGUUUGGUUACCAGUUUUACGCUUUUUUCAUUAACUGUUUCGGAUUUUGAGCUUUUUUGAAAUUAAGUCAAGAAUGUAAUAUGUCAGCAAAUUUAUGUCAAAAUACAACUAUAUUGCAAAAACAGCAACUUCGCAACUUUCUAAUAGAAAUCAAUAUUCAAUCACCUUGAGCUUAUAUGAAAGAAAACUCGAAAAUGCCAACUAAGAGGGUGAAAUAUGAAAAAUAUUGUAAAACUAUGCUGGAUUGAGUGGAUUGAAAAUAUGCAGUGCCAAAUUGUUUCAUGGGGGAUGCCCAGCCUACAUUCGCUCGUCAUACGACGAGCUCCACUGAUGGAUAUGGGUACUGCCACCAGUUCUGUGACAUCUGUCAAUUCUUCUAACAAAGUUGCUACAAGUCAGAAAAAAGUUGAUAAGUCUAACAAACUUACUGGAGUUAGAUUACCAUUAUUGCGCAAAGAAGCCAGUGUUAUAAAUCUUUCAUUGACAGAGAGAACUGUAGUAGGUAAAGGAGUAGAUGCACCUUUACUUAGACCUGAAAGUAGUGCAAGCUUGGAAGCUCGUGGUAAUAGUUGGUUGAGUUUAGGCCCCACAGGAUUAAGAAAAUGUGAAACUACUGUGGGUUUAAGUACUUCUGCUUUAGAGGGCAGACCUAUAAAUCGCAGUCGAGUAUGUUCUCGCUGCUCCAGUUUACUAUCAUUGGCAUCUAGUUCCCGCUACAGUUUAGCUGCAGGCAAUUUUGUUCCUGCAAGUUCUCAACAAGCACUUGGACGUAUCUUUUGUAAAUUAUGUCUUGUUGAUACUUCUUUUUCUAAAACAUUUAAGAUAGAAGGCUGUGGUUGUUCCUAUUGUAAAGAUUGUAUGAAAGCAUAUGUUGAAUUUGAAAUUGAAGAAGGUGCAUAUGAGAUUAGUUGUCCUGAUGCACAAUGUGAACAUGGAGCAAUACUUUCCAUGAAGGAAAUAUCAAGUCUUGUUAGUGCUGAACUUGUGGAAAAACAUCAUAAAUUCCGAUUAAACAGAGAUGUAUCCAUGGAUAAAGCACGUGCUUGGUGUCCACGUGCAGGUUGCGAAACAAUAUGUUCUAUAAAUGCUACUGGUUCAAAUGGAACUCCUAUUGGGCCAGUUCAUUGUCCUAAUUGCUCUACAGAUUUCUGUUCUAUAUGUCGGGAAUCUUGGCAUACUGGUCCUUGUUCAGAUAUUUCCUUAGGUAUACCAUUUGAUGGUGAUCAUAUCAAAUGUUGUCCUAUGUGUUCUGUACCUAUUGAAAAGGAUGAAGGAUGUGCUCAAAUGAUGUGUAAAAGAUGUAAACAUGUGUUUUGUUGGUACUGUUUAGCUUCUUUAGAUGAUGACUUUCUAUUGCGACAUUACGACAAAGGACCGUGCAAAAAUAAGUUGGGUCACUCACGAGCAUCAGUUAUUUGGCACAGAACACAAGUUAUUGGAAUUUUUGCUGGAUUUGGAUUACUCUUGCUCGUUGCAUCGCCCUUACUUUUAUUGGCCGCACCAUGUAUUGUAUGCUGCAAAUGUCGUGUAUGUGGUUCAUCUAGACUUGAACAAGAAGAAGGUGAUACUGCAACGUAGGAAAACAUUAAAAGUUUUUCAAUAUUCCUGUAUAAUUCCUCUCCACUACGAUAAAUAAUUAAAUUAGUGUUUCCAAUCUGUGCACGUAAUUGGCGACUUAUAUAGAUAUACAUUGAAUUUGGUGCAUCAUAAAUUGUAUGACAAAAAAUAAUAUAAAGGGAAUAUAAUACCUAUAUUGCGAAACAUUUAAUUUUAUAAAUGAAGCGAAAUUUAAUAAUAUUAUG